UAUACAUACACACACACACACACACACAUAUAUAUAGCUAUACAUAUAUAGUUAUUUGCCUUUAAGUCAUUUCCAUCUUAUGGAACUUUUGUAUUUGUGAAUGCAUAUAUUGUUCUUUUUAUUUCUAUUUCCCUCUCUUUUUACGCUGAGCCUGAAGUAGAUCAUUUGUUCUGAAAUCAAUAUAGAAUAGAGUAUAAUAUAUCAUAUAAUCAAAUAUAAUAUAAUAUAUAGUUGUUCUUUGCCUUUGAAUUGUUUCUAAAUCUAUUGUUGGGUUUUUUCUUGGCAAGGCAGUGGGGGAUUCUGGGAGUUGUAGUCCAUAAAAGUAAGUCCACAAGAAUUACAUUUGGACGAUAGUUUCUUACAUCCCCAUAGAGUCAAAAAACAUAUACAGUACUCAGAAAAGUAACUUCCCCAAAUUGGGGCCAUAUAGUAAAAAAAGUAACUUCCCCAAGAUUCUGCUCUUGACAGCGGCAUUUUAAUUUAAAUUCUGCCAUACUGAAUUUUAACAGCAGCAAAGGCUUCUGGGUGUCCAAAGUAUUCUGCAUCUAAUCUUCACAACAACAGCCCUGCGAGGUAGACCAGGAGUCUGGUUUUAUGGCAGGUGUGUGUGUCUAUAUGUUGUCAGAGUACAGCAGAGUAGCUGAUGAUUUUAGAAAGGUGUUCACAGCCCUCAGUGAAGAUGGCAGCAGAUGGAGGUCUUCCAGAAAUGAUGGGAUGCAGGUUCUGAGGAGAGGAGCUCUCCAGCCUUGGCUGCCAGGCUUCUGCUGAUUCAGGCCCAGACAAGCCAAGCUCCCCAAAGUGCUUCUCUUUAUUUACACAGUGCAACCAAACAACCAACGCCACUUUUACUAUACAGAACUCACAAUCCAACUCCUCUCCCAAAACCCACACCAAUUACUGGAAGUCCCUGAGUUUAUAUAGCCACCAAACCAUGCUGUCCCACAAACUCAGCCUCUUCCUGUCCCACAGGGAAACUUGUCCCUUGUCUAAAGCGACACCUGUUCAUCUUCAGGCUUGCUGCAGGCAGGCAGCAGAAUGCCCUUGUGCCUCUGGGUGCUAAAGGCUCACGGUCACCACACAUCCAAACAUUUCUGGGUUAGCUGCCUUUUAACCCUUCACACACACACACACACACACAUAUCUAUAUCUAUAUCUCUCUCCCUUGCAAAGCCUGGCAAACUUUAACGAAGGAAGCAGUGGCCAAGAAGUCCAGAGGGCAUUUUUAAAGGGUCCAAAUGUGGAACUGCUGAUCUCCAGCCUUUUCCUUUCUGCAUCAAUCAUUCCCUGAAAUCCAGAAGAGAUGAAGUAAAACAUUUCUUCACCCAAGAAGUGAUUCAAUGAAGGAACUUUGCUGCUAAUGGAGGCUGCUUUAGAGAGAUUGACUUUAAAAGAGGGAAUGGGAAAAUUAAUGGAAAGAGAGGAGAGGCCUAGUUGGGGUCAGUUGGGAGAUCCUGGGGAAGUUGGCUCCUGGGACUGUGGGGGGGAUUCAUUCUCCAGGUUGAACUAAUGAAGGUCCUCCUCAAUGGUCCUUAUUUGGGUUUUCUUGACGUUCAGCGUUAAGCUGCCUUUGCACUUUCUCCCUUGAUCUUCUUGAACACAAUAUAUCUCACCUGAUAAUGUUGCAUUAAUUAUGAAAUUCUUUCCAGCGUUUUAGACCGCUUAAAAAAGUAGAGGUCUGAGUGUUGGGAUACAGCUCUGGAGGCCAGGGUUCGAAUCCUGGUUCGGCCAGAGAAACCCACCAGGUGACUUUGGGCAACAAGUCACACUCUCUCAGCCUCAGGGAAGGCCAUGGCAAACCUCCUCUGAACAAAUCAUGCCAAGAAAACCCCAAGAUAAGCUGACCUUAAGGUGGCCAUAAGACAGAAAGGAUUGGAAGGCACACGCAACUACACAGACACACAAGUACAAAUAACCUCUCCUUUUAAAUUCAAAGGGUUGCAAAGGGUUUUAGGUGGAUUUGGUCUGUCUGAGGCCCUGAGUUCGAGAACAGAAUAAGAUAUUUUUUAAUCAAUUAAAUGUCUGUUUUUCCCUGGAAAUGGCAGCGAUUGACCUUAGGACCUUCUGGAUGGCGUGAUGGUUCCUUCUUAGGAGAAGGAGGAGUGAAGGAAGAAGGGAAGGAGAAAGGGAGGAGAAGAGAGGAAGGAGGGGAUAUUCAAGCUAUUAAAAACCUCAGUUCAUGCAGCUGGAGUUGCACACUGGACAGAAAGAGAGAGAGGAAGGAAGGAAGGAAGGAAGGAAGGAAGGAAGGAAGGAAGGAAGGAAGGGUAAUUCCAAAGGAUCAAGACAACACGUCAAAGGAAGCCAUGAGUUUCAUUGUGCGUCCCCUUGUCCCUAAAGACCUGAAGGAUAUCAUGCGUCUUGUUAAGGAGAUUGCGGUCAUUUACAGUGUCCCUUUGGAGAAGCUCAGGACCAACGUGGAAGAACUGCAGAAAGCAGGAUUCGGUGAGCGGCCCAGAUUUGAGUGUUUUGUGGCUGUAGUUCCUCCGGAGCAAAAAAGCAAGGAAGGUCACACUCUCGUCGGCUACGUCUUGUCCGUUUAUACCUAUAGCACCUGGAAAGGAAAGAACCUCUAUAUGGACAACCUAUACGUCAUGCCAGAAUUUAGAGGGAGGCACAUUGGGAAGACACUCCAUAACACAGCCGUGGAGUCUGCUUGGCGUCACGGGUGCAACGAAAUCCGUAUGCACGCGUCCUCCGAGAAGCAGGAAAACAUAAGGUUCCUCCACCGAUGGGGAGGAAAGAACCUGACGGACAAAUAUGGCUGGAACCUCCUUCGGAUUUAUGAGGACGUCCUGCACAAAAUGGCAGCUCCAGGCAAAAUCUAACCAGGAGCUCCAGGUGCGAUUUCUGGGCCUGGCCUGUGGGAGGGAGGGACGGCUGGGGGUUUUCAGAGCCACCCUGAAACUUUUUGUAUGGCGGCCCAAAAUAAAGUAAAAUAAAAAGGGGAUGGUUCCCAGAGCAUGUGCAGAGUGCC